CCAAGUUCACUCAUUUGCAAACAAAUUUGGUUUUGCGGAAGACUCAUCUGGAACCCAGAUGAAUCCCUCGUUCAAAGUGUUUCCAAGAAAUUGAAUAUGCCGCACCAGGCCGCCGCAUAUUUCAGCUGGUACGGUAUUCGCGUUACAUUGUCUACACACAAAAUGAGUCACACUGUGAACUCAACAGGCACUGUCCCCGGGGCUCGGAGGCAAGCACGCACUCACCCAAAUUCUGCCGGGAGUUCAACAACCACGUCAGUUUCUGCUAGCUAUUUCGAUAGUGAUGUUGAUCAACUCAUGGUGAACAACACACCUGAAGCGACCAGGUACAAACGUGUUCUUGGAAAGAAACUUCGUGCUCGUUUGAAGGACUUGCUCAAAUCCUCAAAUAAAAAGUCAAGCCAAUUUGGAAGUAAUUCAAACGUGGACGCUCGGUCGACGCCUGAGUUGGUCUCUGUGGCCGAGAAACUAUCAGAUCAAAAUUUGGAAUAUGACUCAAUUCCACCAAUACCGCAUAUUCAGCACGAUACCGUGCAAAGUGAGGACGUUCAAGAUGAACCAAAGUACAUCGGAACCCGAGAUACGACAAAGUCUUCCGCAAAGGCUUUCCCAAAUGCCAUGUUUGGAAACCACGCGGUGCAUCCUCGUGCACGCAAGCAUACGCUGACGACUUUGGAUGAAGUGGAACCCCACGCAAGUCCAUACUACCAACAUCAUCAUUUGCCUCUGGUGGAAAAGUAUGCGAACAACGUCCAACUAUCACAAACAGCUAGUCGACAUCACCAUCAUCAUCAUAAACAUCAUUACUGCAAGACGAAUCGGAAAGUUGAUGGCGAAAAGCAGGACAAGGAGACUGUUUCACUCAAGUCCACAGAAUCAUACAAGUCGGAGGGGGCCACCAGUGAACCACCAAUGAAUGUGCUGCACCAAGCCGCCUCACGUCUCAGUCGCUACGAUAUUCGAGAUAUCCCGAUACAUGUAUAUCUCUGUAAUGUACUACUCAUAAGGUUGCUGAAAAAUCUUCCAAAGCCCACAACCGGUUUCGCCCUUCUUGGGGCUCAUCAGACGACAUGGAAUAGUGAUAGCACAAAUCAACGACUUCGAGCUUUGUCUGUUCACUGUCCCAGUCUGUCUAUAGACGAACCCCUCGGUCAGCCGUACAUGGCUAAUCAGAUGUCAGAUUCCUCCCAAUUUACUGCUAAUGAUUCCGAGCGCACUGGCUUCUGGGGGCCAGCUGCAAAAUCCAGUGGAGCAAACACCCCAACUGUGGCAUUCAAAGAAACCAUACAAUCGCGUACGGUAACCCGAUUUGAUGACGAACCCGUGGGGAGUGUGAGCGAGUCACGCGGUGGUCAGAGCGUACAGUCCCGUUUUAAACAGUUUUGGGUGGAAAGUUUUGCCAGUGGCCGGUCACGAACAAGGUCGGAAAAUCAAACAGGGAUAGGAAGCCGUGGGGAGAGCCUUCGCGGACGUAAUCUGGGCAGAGUUAGUCCACAAAUUGUCUAUCAAAAGGAUGUUCUGCCACCUCAUGCUCACACAGUUACUGGUGGAUCGACUCAGGCCACAUCACUGCUUCGCCGACUCGCAUUGUACACGAACAUCUCCGGAUCACCGUCUGAACAGUCUUCUAUUCGCUCCGGUACAGAGAGCUUGAGACGAUACGGGCAACCCAGUCCAACCAAUGCGGCCACGGCCGACAGCCGAUCUGGUUCAGUCCCACUUCAGGUGGCCGACAGACACAACCGGCAUAAGUCACCUCGCGCUGGGAUUGGACGAUUUAUGUCAAUGAGCAGUGGAUCGGGGAAGAGUUCAGAAGAUAUGAUUGGACAAAUGCUUCCAGAUCCCUCAAAGUUGCCGAAGGAGGAACCUGUGAGCACACUGGAGUUCACCGGAACCAAACUCAAGAAUCCAAAGAAGAUUUCACAGAAGUUCCAGGCGAAAAGUGGAUUUGAGGUCUUGCGCAGGAAACGGGCUGGAAGUCUCAGUGGUGGCAGCGGUGGUGGAGAUCGUCGAAGUUUGACCGGAGCCAUAUCACCAAGCCCUCGACCGUUCCUGUUGGAGCAUAUAUCCAAAUCAGAUGAAACGCUGUUCUCGGUGGCGGACACCGCGGGCCGAUUGGCUACAACUCUCAUUGUUACUAAUACUUCCGGUGGGGGAGCAAGCCGACCCAGCUCAAGUGUGGAACGACUUCAGCAAAACUCGGCUCAUCGUCCUAAUCAACAACAGUCAUUAAAACCCCAUCAGCAGGGACACGCAUCAGUAAAACCCACCGGAACUCACCACCAUCACCACCAUCAUCAUCACCACUGGCACAGACAUGGGAACCACGGACACCAUCGAUCUCGGGGACACUUCGGUACCCAUGUACACCAUGUCGGUCGUGCUGCACACACAAUGACCAGAGUAACGGAAAGUCGGCGCUACCUGAUGUUCACACGAUCGCUACCGUUCUGGUCAACCAAGCAAUACAUGGAAACCCACGGAACAGGAUUGGGUGAGGCGGAAACCUACGCUGUCCUAUUUCACCACACGCCCUGUUACGAUCUCAUUCCUGACAGUGCCAAAUUGGUCAUAUUCGACUGUGAACUCACAAUUGUCAAGGCUUUCAAGGCUCUCCUAUACAAUGAGAUUCGUGCAGCUCCGGUGUGGAACUCCAAGACGCAAUCCCUCAGUUCCAUGCUGACCGUCACAGACUUUGUACAGAUGCUUCAUCUAUGCUGGUCCGAAGAUAAAACGGAAGUGAAUAACAAAAGACGCUUGGAAAUUGAUGAUUUUGAUCGAAUGACCAUACAGCAGUGGAAAGAUUUUAUCCGGCCCGAACAGCACACAAGAUCCACGGCAAAACGAGCCUCUGUCUCCGGCGCCCUAUCAUCAUCUACUGAAAGCCGUGUCAUCAAAACCGGUAGUCUGCCAAAGAAAAAGCAUGGUUCAUGCAAUCUUCCUCAGGUGACCUCCUGUCCGUCGUCCAAUAUCUCUUCUCCAUCACGAUCUCGUUCCCGCUCUUCAUCAUCCACCUCAUCCAGCAGUCAGUCGUCAAUUGCCUCCCUUCCGUCCAAUCUGUCUGCCCUGCCUGAUGGCAAAUCUGAAGAACAGACAGAUCCUCACACAUCUGACAACAAGACACCCGUACCCGGCUCGUCUUCCGAUACUUUCUGGUCAGCUGCCUUCUCAGCCCUUCCCACCCCUCGGACGACUUUCAUUACUCACAGCCGACUGCUUACAGUCGACCCGGAGGAAGAUUUGUUCAAGUCCCUACGCAUUUUGUCUCGCUUCCGGUUACACUAUCUGCCUGUGAUAGACUGCCCGCAACAGCGAACCGGCAACAUUCUAUACAUAUUGACGCAUCGCCGACUGCUGAGCUACCUGUUCAGCAAACUGCCCCAUCUUCCUCAGCCAAGAUUCCUUCAAUCCAGUCUAACUGAUCUGAAUGUUGGCAGCUUCGGUCGUAUUGUCAUGGUUACCCUAUCAACCAGAUUACGCGAGGCUGUGGCAUUGUUCUCACAGGCUCAGUCAUUGAUUUUAACGGGCGCCUACAAGAAGCCCGAACUGACUAUUCAAGAAUGGCUCGAGGAGUGUAAGCCUAACCAACCUCCAUUUUCGGAGCAACGCGUGAAACCUGCAGUGGAAAUAUGCUUCGCUUCGAAUAACCUAUUGUUUGUCAUGGAGAAGCUGGUGAAAACUGGGUUUCGACGUCUCAUCGUCGUGAACAACACCAUCGAUUACCGCGUUGAAGGAGUUGUUACCCUGUCCGAUGUACUGCGAUUUUCUGUGCUCCAACAAGCGCGAGGUCUUAAUUUACACAUCCAGCCUCCAUCGGUCGCUGAGGUGGCAGACGAAAGAGACGAAGCGGAGGAAGAAGGAGGCCCAAACCAUCGGGCAGAACUCACAAAUCAGCAGCAUUCGUCGUCGACAGUCAGCAAACCCCCUGUGAACAAAAAAAGACAAAGCAAAGUACGAGUGACUACCCCACCCCGAGCGGGGGACCCUGAAAUCGAAGUGCAUUCUCGACACACCAAGCAUUCUCAAAAAUCCCCACUGGAUUCAUCGGACUCUGUCACAUCCAAAAUGUUAGCAGCCGAAAGGCACGUCAGUUUGCCGUCUGUCAUGGAUAAAACCCCUGUGAUCCCUUCGGCCUGAUGAAUUAAUCUUUGACUAAAUUUGAAAGUCUCUCGGUGUCCCGGUGUCCCCACGACCAAUGCAUGCAACUGAAUCACCGCUGACAGAAUUACCUCCCCGAGUGGAAAUUUCGAAUGGAUAUAUUUUUCUAUUUCCCAUCCAGUUAACAUAAAAAAAGCCUAUCUGAUCUCCAGCGUUCAUAUAUCUGUGUACAUAUAUGUGUAUGCGUGUGUUCUGCGCCAGCAUUUAUGCCCAAAGACGGAAUCACCUUCAGAAUCCAGUCCUGUUAUUUUCCUCCCUUCAUCUUCCACGCAUCUGAGCACAUAUCCUCAUUGUUUUUUUUUGCGUAAACCGUAGUCUUUCUCCACGGCGCCGCCAGAACAUUCAGUUAUCCACCGUUAUCAUCCAAUCUAUGAGAUCGAUCGAUACAAGUAUGUUUUGGGACACUCCGGGCUCCUCGAAUAGGUGCAUAGCUCUUGGUAUUUCUGAAAUGUUGUUAAGGCGUUCCAUUAUUAUUACUAUUAUUAUUAUUAAUAUUACUGUUAUCUCCAUGUUUAUUGGUGGUUCUGCCUGCUGUUCGAAUGUCACAUUUGCGACCUCUCCUCAACCCAUCAUCUCCCAUGAUUUGACCCGGACGGUCUGGCUUUAUUUUCCCCCUCCCAGUUGGUUUCUUUGUCCCCCCCCGUUCGCCGACUAUCGUUUCGAUUCUUUAUACUCCAUAUCCACGUGAAAAUGUUGUGUAACAAGGCAUGUUACAUAGUUCAUUAUCGCUUCCGCAAACGUUUGCCCCCCCCCCCCCCGUGUUUAAUGUCUUUCCAGUUUCUAUACUUGAUUAUUUAUCGACAAACCAUCACACACACACACAAACACACGUUUAUGACUCCUGUUGAGAUUAUAUUAUCAUCGGCAUCAAAAAUAAAAAC